CAGUGCCUCACCUCCUACCGGUAACGUACUUUAAGGUACCUAUUACCUACCUACCUACGAAGCCCCAUCUGCUUCACCCUUCACCCUUCACCCUUCACCCUUCACCCUUCACCCUUCACCCUUCACCCUUCACCCUUGACGCUUCACUCCGCCCCUCCCCGCCCCGCUCCGCCCCUCGGGAAAACAUGGCUUCCCCUGCCCUGCCCUCGGUCACGUCGCGCGCCCGCCCGCGUGGACAAAGAAAGAAAAUCAUAGCUGGCUGAUUGAUUGCUUCCGGCGUAAGAAUGAACCUGAAAUGAAAACACCCCAAAUCGGCUUUCCCUUGCCCUCCAUCAUGGUCGCUGGCUCGCAAUCUACUGCUAUACCCGUCGUGUGCUACUGCGUCCUUUGAGGAUUUUGCCGUGGUUGCUACUCCGGGAGCAGCCUGUGUCUUGUGAUAAAUGGCAUCCCAUUGUUCGUCCUUUGUCGCGCCUCGUCCUCGACGCCCUACUUAUCAACUUUGCGCCAGACCAUAGCUAUAACCACCCACGACCUGCCACGAUUCCUCGAUGCUAUAAGAGUUGAAUUAAUUGCACGGCCUAUCAACCCGACCGCGUUUUUCUGCCAUAGCAUUGUGAUUGUGGUGGCUACACGCGUGGUGUAUCUGGCACUCCUAUGGUGAGCUGCCAACAGUGGUAAACUUGCGAAUAAUUGCAAAAACAAUAGUAAGUCCGCCCUCGCUAAGCUCACGAUGGCGAACGAUUCCUAUAUAGUGAGCCAUUGCUCUGCAAUCUUCCCGUUUUCUUUGCUCCUGCACCUUUGCACAGUUUCAUUGAAACCCUCCAAUGUCCCUGCACCAGUCAGUUCGAGAGAACUAUCUGCCAUUGCGAUUCGCACAUCUUCAAAUCAGUUCCGCUCGUCAGAGUGUAGCUUCAGACGACGGACUUUCCGAGUUCUCUCAGAUUAACGAACCUCUUCCUGAACACAGAAAUACCCAAUUCAACCGAGCACAAGCACAAUCGACUCACACCAUGUCAACCCGCAGAUCUACUCGCGGUGCAAGCAGGCAGGCAAGCAGUCGAGGAGCUUCGCCGGCGAUUUCUACCUCUGAUAUCCCGGCAACCCCAAGACGUGCGGCAAAUCGUCGUGCAUCCAAUGCCCUCCCAGCAGUUGGUGCUCGACAAAGUACAGCCUAUGGUUCAAACACAAUCCCACCACCCGCAGCAGAUGCUCCUCCAGUGGCUCGUGGUUUCAACGAGGUCCUGCAAGCCGAGUUGAACCCUGUUUCACUUCCUCCUCGCAGAGCUGCAAGCAGUAAGUCAAAUCCGGCUCUGUACUGAAUUAUCAUUGAUGCUCUACGCAGAUGCUAGUCGCGCUCGAAGCACUGCACACUCUCCAACUCCAGUUGUCUCGGAGAGAAGUUUCGUGGACGAAAGCGGCAUUUUUCAGAGAGCUGGCAUCGAGUCUUCACCUAUCUCGGAGGCCGAAGAGCUAGGAAACAUCCCAGAGCUGCCAGAGCCAAACUCCGACGAGGACGACUCAGACACCCCGCCUACCAGCUUAGAGGAACUCAAUGACCGGGCGGAGCGUCGUGCGAUGGAGCAGAUGUCCAGAAACCACAGUUAUGCACCAGUUCGGGCAACAAAUACCUCGUGGUACUUGGACAUUUUUGCUGGUAUCUUGCAGUUUUUGAGAGAGGUUCGAGACGUGUUAUGGGGAUUCUUCUUGGAUUUUGUUUGGUACCCUUUCCUCGAGCCAACAUUGAAGUUAUUCUUGACUUGGGGUCUCCCUUUAAUUCUCGCAAUCGCUGUUGGCUAUGGACUUCUCCGGACUGGUUCUGGCGUGGUUUCUGCUAUCUCUGGAAACUUGCCAAAUCUCAUUCCGUACAGUUGGAGACAUCCCGGAGACAUGUUCAGUCCCAAUGACGUUCAAUCAAUCACUGGUCGUCUCAGGGAUCUUGAACUCAAAGUCUCUCGCCUCUCAUCUCACAACUCGGAUCUCGAUCCAAAGACACUGAAGACCAUCGAAGACAUGCUCCCAGUCCUUCUCGUCGUCAAGAAGGACAGGCACGGCAAGAGCGUCAUCCCUGACAACCUUUGGUAUGCUUUACGGGACAAGAUUCGCCAAGAUGAUUCUUUUUCUCACGCACCUGUUGACGGCGGCAAAGUCUCGUCCGGUGAACAUCAUAUCAAGGAUCUGGAGAAGGAGGCUCGGAAAUUGUGGGACAGAUACCUGAAGAGCAACCAAGCACAACUUGGAGAACUCAGUAACGACGAGGUUGUUCGCCAGUUCCCUCAUCUACUAGAGCAAAAUCACAUCAUUCCAAAAACCGAGGUCUUACAGCUCAUUCGUCAAAGCUGGGAAGACAACAAGUCUGAGGUCAGAUUGGAAAUGAGCGAAAUGAAGAGGAAGCUCGCCCACACCACUCAGCAGAUCACUAAACUUCAACAUGACUUCAAGGACGAAUCAAGAGCCAUCGCUGAUGAGGUUCUCAAGAAGUUCAUUCCUAGAGGCCAACUCGAAGCUCUCGCAGCUGCCAACCUCCGGAGCAAUCUCAAUUAUGGACUUACUCAGUUGAAUCACUUCUCGAAAGGAACUGGUGCCGUUAUCGAUCCACAAUUCACCUCACCACAAUACGUCUUUCCCAGCAUGGAUGUAUGGUUUCCCAAGAGGACCAUGCGCUGGUUGAUUGGCAAUUCCAUACCUGUCCCAAACCCACCUGAUACCGCUCUGAUGAAGUGGGAAGAACAUGGUGAUUGCUGGUGUUCUCCUUCUAAUGCCAACGGCUUUGGCGCCAGUUUAGCUGUCAUCAUGGGAAGCAGCAUUUACCCUGAACAGAUUGUCAUUGAGCACAUCUUGCCAAGUGCAUCUCUCGAACCAGGCGCUGCACCCCAAGACAUAGAAAUACUUGCAUGGAUCCCCGAUCCGGAGCUUUUCCGCAAGGUCUCCGACAUAUCCGACAAAACCUUCAACGACGACACAGUCGAGCCACUUCGUGCCGACGGAUUUGUCCGCAUCGCCACAUUCACAUACAAUGCUAAAGCCAGUGAGAGUAUUCAGGGUUUCCAAGUACAGGUGGAAAUGAAGCUCUAUGGAGCCCAUACCAACAAGCUCAUUGUUCGCAGCAAGAACAAUUGGAGCGAGGGGCGCGUCGACUACACUUGCUUGUAUCGUGUUAGGGUACACGGCGAGGUUGUCGCAACUCCAGGACUGAUCUGAGGGAAAGCAGAUGGAUACUGUUUCUCUCUAUAUUUUGAUUUUUGUGUUUCUGAAAAACUUGUUCUCAAUGAGUGGUUGGUCAUCUGGGAAGGAUCGGCGUUUCUGGGGAAAUACCCAUUCGUGUAACUAAAACCAUGGAAUACAUGCUUGCUUUGAUAAUUGAC